CCCGAGCCCAGCCGCCUCCCGCUAAGAGCGCGCCCCGAGCCGCCCUCGGGGGCGGUCCCGCCCGGGCUCCCUGCGUUCGCGGGGACAUGCGGCUUUGAGCGGGGAGCCUCACGCCAGCCUCAAGCGUCUUCUCUGGAGCGGCGGACAUGGGCCCUCCGCGGAGCGGGGGAGCUCCCCUCGUCCCUCUCCUCCCUGCCCUGGUUCCUCUGAGAUCGGCGGGCGCUGACGGUGCCCGGGAUCUGGCGGGAUCGGACCCGUCUAGGUUAGAGUGGGGCAGGUGAUGGUCCCUCCCUUGCUGAGGUGCCGGCCUCGCCUCUUGCAGCUGCCUGGAGUUUCUUCUCGUUGAGACAAGAGUUCUAGCUGUGGGAGCACAAGGGCCGAACAGGCUGCUCCGAGACACAGGAGAAGGGACGCAAGGGACUGCCAGGAAGAUCGUCAUCCCUGCAGCGCUGCUGCUAGAGUUAGAAACCUGCUGCCUCUCCUCUCUUUCAUUUGAUCUCCUGGAGAGGAGAGUGCCCACUUUCAUCGCUGUCUCCUGCUCUGCCUGCUCCUGCUUUCAGCAUGGUAAAGAAGAAUACUAUCCCCGAUGGAUGGCGGAGUUUGACACCAGUUGGACAGCCUAUACCAGGAACUAGAUUUAUUGCAUUCAAAGUACCUUUAAAAGGGGCAAUUAACCAGAGGCUUACUCCAACCCAGAAAUUUACACCAAAAGACUUAAUUGUGGCAAUGAAAGCCCUAAAUGUGGAGCUUGGACUAAUUAUUGAUUUGACAUAUACUACACGAUACUAUGAAGUUAAGGAUUUACCUAAAAGUGUGCAGUAUAAGAAACUUUAUACUGUUGGACUCGAAGUCCCCGAUAAUGCUACUAUCCUACAGUUCAAAAAAUGGGUCAGAAAAUUCUUAUGGGAAAAUGCAGAAAAUGAGAAACUCAUUGGCGUUCACUGUACUAAUGGAAUUAAUAGAACUGGCUACCUUAUAUGUAGGUAUCUUAUAGAUGUUGAAGGCUGGGAUCCAGAGGCAGCAAUCCAAGCUUUUGGUGAUGCUAGAGGUCAUCGCAUGGAUGGUCUUGUGUAUCUCACAGACCUCAGAACACAACCAAUGAGAAGCAACCUUGGAAUGGAUGUAUGGGAUUCAGAUGAAGAUAUUAUUCCCCCACCACAUGCAAUGGAAGGACCUGUAGAGCGAUUCCCAAAUGAAGAUUUUCAGGGGUCUGGGAAAAGAUUAAGAAUUUAUGAUGAUCACUGUCAUGAUGAUUUGCAAGGACAGAUACAGUUGAGAGAUUUUGAUUUCAUUAAUAAGGGACCUGGACAAAGACGAAGACCAUUUCAUGACCAUCAGACUCAGGAUGAUUUAAGAGCACCAAUACAGAUGAGAAAUUGGGACUACAAUAGGGGACCAGAACAGAGGCGAAGACCCUUUCCUGAUCACCAGUUUUAUGAUGAUUAUCAAGAAGACAUGCAGCCGAAGGACCUAGACUUCAGUAACAAGGGACCUGGACAGAGGCUGAGAUCUUUUCAUGGACACCAAUUUCAUGAUGAUAUACAGGCAGAGAGACAAUCGAGGGGUAUUGAAUUUAACAGAAGCCGUGGACAAAGGCAGAGAUCUUUUCCUGACCAUCCGUCUCAUAAUGAUUUGCAGGAAGACAUGCGGUCCAAGGAUUUUGAUUUUGGUAGCAGGGGCCAGGGCCAGAGACGAAGACCAUUCCAUGACCACCAAUCUCGUGAUGAAUUUCAGACUCAGAUGCAGUUGAAAGAGUUCAAUAGUGUCAACAAAGGUCCUGGCCAAAGACCAAGAUCUUUCCAUGACUAUCAGUCACAUGAUGACUUACAGCUACAAAUGCAAUUGGGAGAUUUCGAAUUUGUUAAUAGAGGUCGUGGGCAGAGGUUGAGACCUUUCAAUGAUCACCAGCCUCGCAAUGACUUACAAACAGAGAUGCAACUAAAAGAUUAUGAUAAUAAAGGUCCUGGACAAAGGCGCAGACCUUUCCAUGACCAUCAGCCUUACAAUGACUUACAGGAACAGACUCAGUUAAAAGAUUAUGUUAACAAAGGGCAUGGACAAAGGCCAAGACCUAUUCAUGAACAUCCAGGUCACAAUGACUUGCCACGUGAAUGGUGUUCAGACAGAAAUCAGUCUUUUUCUUCCCACGAAAAUAUACCAGAACCUCAUUUCUCCUCAUCUUCUUCACUUCACAGAGAUUAUGGGUCUGAUAAUGACGACUUUAACAGAAGUUAUAGUAAUCGACCAAAUUGUCCUGAAGACAAUAGGAGAAUGCAUCCCUCAGAUGAAUUUAACAGAGGAAAAAACAGAUUUGCACCAUAUUCUUCACGAACAAUGCAUCCAUCUUCAUCUGUACACCAAGAAAAUAGUUCAAUAGACUAUGAAAGAAAACCUUUUCAAGGUGAAGCUACCAGAGAGAUGGAACAAAGCAAAAGAUUACCAGUUGUAACAGUUGAUUACAAUUAUGGUCUGCCAUUAGAUUAUGGACCUGAAGAGGAAGAGAGAACACAUUAUGAUUUACCCCCAAGAGACUGCUACAACUGGAACUGAAUAAACAGGAGAAUGUUUGCUCAUCUUACUCUUAAUUUUUUCCAUUUUACUUUGUAUGUGGACCUUUUUUUUCCUUUUUUUUUUUUUUUUUUUUUUAAGCAAAUUAAGAAAAUGCAAAUUCCAAUAGUAGAGAACUGGUCUCUAUUGUAAAAUUAGCUUCUACUGAUGUUUGGUUCUUCAAAUUUAUUAGGGUGCAUUUGUUAAGUGUAGUUGGAGACAAGGUCUCAGUACACAUGGAACUAAAGUAGUCCUUCCUUUUAAUGAAAUUGAAACCCCAUACCUUAAAACAAACAACUUGCAGAGUGAUUGUAGUUGUGUCUUUCGUUUUACAUUUCUUUAAAAUGUAUGUAAUUUCCUGAUGCAAAAGUCAUAAUAAAAUACUGCACUAUCA